AUGGCUGUUGCCAACCCUACGUCUCCCCCGCAUCUGUGCAGCACCCCCUCCCCAGACCCCUGCACACGCGUCGCCCUCGGAUUUCCGAUUUCAGAAUGUCAAACCAUCCCAUACCAAUCUAAACAAACAUACACCCUUUACAACCCAACCGACGCGUCGAUCGUCUCCUCCCAAAUCCCCAUCGCGGGGCCCGAAGACGUCGACGCCGCCGUCACCGCAGCCGAAGAAGCAUUCAACGGGGAAUGGAGCCAGUUCAGUGGUGCACAGCGUUCAGCGUGUCUACGGAAACUAGCUGACCUCUUGGACGAGAAUGACCGGCUUGUUAAGAUCUUGACCCUUGAUGCCCUGAGCACGGGGAAUCCGGUCUCGCUUAUCCCGACGAGGGAGAAGGGGUAUAUUAUGGGGCAGUUGAAUUAUUAUGCCGGCUGGACUGACAAAUUACGCGGUGAUUACUUCCCUGCUGAUGAUGGAUUUGUCAAGCUUGUUCGCCAUGAGCCACUUGGGGUAUGCGCAGGUAUAAACCCAUUCAACGCCCCCGUCGCGACAUUAAUCAUGAAAGCCGCACCCUGCCUCGCAACAGGGAACGUCAUGAUCCUGAAACCGUCCGAGCACAGUCCUCUUGGGUCGCUGGCAAUCGCACCUCUAUUCGAAGCUGCAGGCUUUCCCAAGGGCGUAUUCCAGGUUCUCACUGGUGCUGGAAGCACUGGGGCGCUUCUUGCUAGUCAUAUGAGAAUCAGAAAGAUCAGCUUCACGGGCAGUGUCGCAACAGGUAAAAAGAUCCAAGUCGCCGCCGCCCAAAGCAAUUUGAAGCGCGUUACGCUAGAACUAGGCGGGAAAAGCCCUGCUGUGAGUAGGACGGUAAAUGCGAUACUGGCACGCUCAGGCCAAGUCUGCGUUGCUGCUUCUCGAGUAUACGUUCAACGAUCCAUUGCAGACAAAUUCAUCGAGGAAUACAAAGCCCGUAUGAACGCUGCAGUCGAGAGACUCGGUGACCCCCUUGAUAUAGCGACUACCCUGGGCCCGCUGGUAAAUAAGGCUGCCUUCGAAAGGGUCACGCAGAUGAUCGAGAGAGGGAAGAAUGAGGCGGAGCUGGUUGUUGGUGGUGUGCGGCAUACAGAGCAAGGCUACUUUAUCGAGCCUACGGUGUUUCUGAAUCCCAAGAAGGACGCCGAGAUCUAUAAGAACGAGAUCUUCGGUCCGGUUGCCAUUAUCAACACCUUUGAUACUGAAGAGGAGGUUCUGAAGCUCGCUAAUGAUACGGAAUUUGGGUUGAUGUCUGGCGUCUUUACCAGGAACAUCAACCGUGCAAUGAGGGUAUCAGGCAAGCUGGAAUCAGGCGUCGUGGGUGUUAAUUGCAUCAGUAUUAUGAAUGUUCAGGUCCCCUUCGGCGGCAAGAAAGCGUCUGGCAUUGGCAGGGAAUUUGGUGAAUAUGCUCUUCGUGGAUUUACUGAGCCUAAGACCGUCCUUAUCAACAUGAACUCCGAGUAA